GGAUGCCGCUUGGCAGGAGACUAAAGUCUUUCUCCUUGCUGCGUGAGCGCUUUCGGAUAGGCUGCUCGCUUUCUCGUUUCCCGUUUCAGGCCAGCAGCUGAGGGAAGCGGCGACAAAGCUGUGGAUCCAAUUAAAGGCUUGGCGGCGGCACCAGCUGGAGGAGGCACGGCGAGUGGGAACAGGCGAAGGAAAGGGCGAAGCUAGAACUUUGUUGGGAAGGCGAGGCUGCUGGCUCCUCUGGGAAACGCUUUGAGGGGCUGUUGGAGGUUGAGUUAGCCGGCGCCUCGCCCAGGUCUUUUGGGAGCGGGUCGCCUGCGCAGUGCUCGCUCUCCGGGAGGAGGCGACAACAGCAAUAGCAGCUGCCGAGAGCUCCUCCAGUGCCGCCGGACGUGCCGGAGACUAGUCCAGCACGAGCCGGGAUCCAUCCCCUCCUCGCCAGAGCCAGGCGAUGCUUUCAGGGAACACUCGACGGUUCCACUGACUUAAUUGAAGCUUCGGAGAAGAGCAGCCGCUUUACAGAGCGAAAGGAGGCCUUUUACUGCUCUCUCCCCCCAGUCCUUACUGUUGGAGAUGGUGCCCGCCCCGGGAUUAGUUUAAAGCCUUAUCUUCAGCCUCUCUUUUGUGGAGGUGAGCUGGAGAGACGUACGCCAGCUACUCCGAAAACCGGCAGACUCUGGCGUGGGACGCGUUGCUUAGUGCUGCGCCUAACCCCGUCGAUCCCCCUUUCUCUGUGGGAAGACGAUAAUCUUGUAAUCUCAACGCCGAAGUCUUCUCUAUCAGUGUAAAACGAAAAUAAUCGUCUGGAUAAUGUCAACCUCAAGCAGAUUCAAAAAGGACAAAGAGAUCGUAGCCGAGUACGAAAGUCAAGUGAAAGAUGAAGAACCUGGGACAGCAGCAAUAAGAACUCUUCUCCAGCAGUUAGAGGAGUGCUUCUGCAAUGAGGGGCAGCCUCAGCUUGGAAGAUGUCUGCUAUGGCUGUAGCUCCUUCCUGCGGUGCCAGUUUCACAGAAAUUCGGGCUCAGCUAACAGAACAACAAAAAUGCCUGGAGCAGCAAACUGAGAUGAGAGUGCAGCUUCUUCAAGACUUGCAAGACUUCUUUCGUAAAAAGGCAGAAAUAGAAACAGAAUAUUCACGCAGUCUUGAAAAGUUAGCUGAAAGGUUCAUGGCAAAAACAAGAAGUACUAAAGAUCAUCAACAGUACAAGAAAGACCAGAAUCUGCUAUCUCCAGUAAAUUGUUGGUACUUACUUCUCAACCAAGUGAGAAGAGAAAGCAAAGACCAUGCGACACUGAGUGAUAUCUACCUGAACAAUGUCAUCAUGCGUUUUAUGCAGAUAAGUGAAGAUUCCACCAGAGUAUUCAAGAAGAGCAAAGAAAUUGCAUUCCAGCUUCAUGAGGAUUUAAUGAGGGUUCUUAAUGAGCUUUACACGGUUAUGAAAACAUACCAUAUGUAUCAUACUGAGAGCAUCAGUGCAGAAAGUAAAUUGAAAGAGGCUGAAAAGCAAGAAGAAAAACAAAUUGGCAGAUGCGGAGACCCUGUUUUUCAUAUUCGACUGGAGGAAAGACACCAAAGACGGAGUUCAGUGAAGAAAAUUGAAAAAAUGAAGGAAAAACGUCAAGCAAAAUACUCUGAAAACAAACUGAAAUCUAUUAAAGCCAGAAAUGAAUAUCUGCUAACCCUUGAAGCAACAAAUGCAUCUGUUUUCAAAUAUUAUAUUCAUGACCUUUCAGACCUGAUUGAUUGUUGCAAUCUUGGAUAUCAUGCAAGCUUGAGCAGAGCCUUAAGAACAUAUCUCUCUGCAGAAUAUAACCUUGAAACCUCACGACAUGAGGGCUUGGACAUCAUUGAAAAUGCUGUUGACAAUCUGGAGCCCCGAAGUGACAAGCAGAGAUUCAUGGAAAUGUAUCCUACAGCCUUCUGUCCUCCAAUGAAAUUUGAGUUUCAACCCCAUAUGGGUGAUGAGGUUUCUCAAGUCAGUGCCCAACAGCCAGUUCAAGGAGAAUUCAUGCUUAGAUAUCAGCAACUUCAGUCUCGACUAACAACUUUGAAAAUUGAAAAUGAAGAGGUUAAGAAGACAACAGAAGCUACUUUACAGACAAUACAAGAUAUGGUCACCAUUGAAGACUAUGAUGUUUCUGAAUGCUUCCAACACAGUCGUUCGACUGAGUCUGUCAAGUCAACAGUUUCUGAGACCUACCUGAGCAAGCCUAGCAUAGCUAAAAGAAGAGCUAACCAGCAGGAGACUGAACAGUUUUAUUUCAUGAAAUUCAGAGAGUACUUGGAAGGAAGCAAUCUUAUCACGAAGCUUCAGGCAAAACAUGAUUCACUGCAGCAGACACUUGAAGAAGGUCAUAGGGCAGAAUAUAUGACUACAAGAGGACGAAGGAACUCACAGACCAGACACCAGGACUCAGGACAAGUAAUCCCCCUCAUUGUAGAAAGCUGUAUCCAAUUUAUCAAUUUGUAUGGUCUUCAACACCAGGGAAUUUUCAGGGUGUCAGGCUCCCAGGUGGAGGUCAAUGAUAUUAAAAAUUCAUUUGAAAGAGGUGAAAAUCCUUUGGCAGAUGACCAAAGUAACCAUGAUAUUAACUCAGUUGCUGGAGUCCUGAAGCUCUAUUUCCGAGGGCUGGAGAAUCCUAUUUUUCCUAAGGAAAGAUUUAAUGAUCUUAUUUCUGGUGUCAGAACAGAAAAUCUCUACGAGAGAGCUCUUCACAUACGUAAACUUUUGCUGACAUUGCCCAGAUCGAUCAUUAUCUUACUAAGAUAUCUUUUUGCCUUCCUCAAUCACCUUUCUCAGUAUAGUGAUGAAAAUAUGAUGGAUCCUUAUAACCUGGCCAUUUGUUUUGGCCCAACAUUGAUGCCCAUUCCAGAUAUACAAGAACAAGUGUCGUGCCAGGCUCAUGUUAAUGAAAUCAUCAAAACCAUUAUCAUUCACCAGGAGAUCAUUUUCCCAGAUAGCAAGGAACUAGAUGGCCCAGUAUAUGAAAAAUGUAUGGCAGGUGAUGACUACUGUGACAGCCCUUAUAGUGAACAUGGUACCUUAGAAGAAGUGGAUCUGGAUGCUGGGGCAGAAGUACAUACCAGUGAUGAUGAAUGUGAUCCAAUAGAAGCUAUAGCUAAAUUUGACUAUGUUGGAAGAUCUGCACGAGAACUCUCUUUUAAGAAAGGAGCCUCACUACUUUUAUAUCAUCGAGCUUCUGAUGAUUGGUGGGAAGGAAGACAUAACGGAAUUGAUGGCCUUGUACCCCACCAAUACAUAGUGGUUCAAGAUAUGGAUGAUACAUUCUCGGAUACACUGAGCCAAAAAGCAGAUAGUGAAACCAGCAGUGGGCCAAUACUUGAAGACAAAUCUUAUCCCAAAGAUAUGAGUUCAUCAACAGAUUUGAAUUCUGAAGUAUAUCUAGGAAGGCAGCGCAAGAGAUCUGAAAUCCCACUUUCUGGCAGACGUCCUGGCAGGACCAGUGAUGGACACUGUCCAGUUCAUACACCACAUGGCCCUACUAAUUCCUCAGUGGAAUUAGUUUCCUCCAGUAUGGCAAGCCAUGCUACUUCUCGAACUGUCCUUCAGAACCACGGCCUCAUAACAGAUAGCCCAGAAAGGAGACGGAAACCUGGCCACAGCAGCCUCACCAAUAUUAGUAGACAUGAAUCUCUGAAAAAAAGUGACAGCCCUCCAAUUAGAAGAUCAACCUCAUCUGGCCAGUAUCCUGUUUUCAAUGACCACAAACCACUUGACCCAGAGUCAAUUGUUCAGGAUAUUGAAGAAACAAUGAAUACGGCUCUAAAUGAACUUCGGGAACUGGAACGCCAGAGUUCUGCAAAACAUGCUCCAGAUGUUGUCCUUGAUACCUUAGAACAAAUGAAGAAUUCUCCCACCAACACGACCUCAACAGAAUCUUUGAGUCCUCUUCACAAUAUCAUUUUAAGAAAUGCCGAGCCUCAGAUUCGCCGUAGCACUAGUUCUUCCAGUGAUACUAUGAGUACCUUCAAGCCAAUGGUGACACCAAGAAUGGGCGUGCAGCUGAAGCCACCUGCACUGAGACCAAAGCCAGUAGUUCUUCCAAAAACAAACCCAAGCAUAGGCCCCUCUUCUCCUUCCCAAGGCCCAGCUGACAAGUCUUGCACGAUGUAGAACCCAAGAAACCAAAUGCGGAGUGAACUACCAAAAGAAUGUAUCCAUGAUAGUUGUCUGAAUUCCAGUAUAUUAUUAUAUAUUUAGGAAAGGAGAGAUUCAUUUUUUAAAUGUUAAAGUCUCAAGCUAUCUACUUUAGCAUGGGUAUUUAUUAGAAGUUGGGUUCAAUUUUUAAACUGGAGCAUUCGGUGUCUACAUUUGCAAUAUAUGCUUAAUACAGUUAAAGACUCAGUGAGUGCAUUUUUACAGCAUGCUGAGCUUGAUUAGAUUGGGUUGGGGGGUGUAGUUUAGCAGAGGGCUUUUCAACCUUUUCACCCAUUCUACCACUUUUAGGAUAUGGUAAUAUCCGAGUACCACCAGCCACCUAGCAAGGUGUCAAAAACAUGAUGACCAAAAAAAAAAGAAAAGAAAAAGUGAGUA